AUGAAUGAGCUAGGGAGGCGUUGCCUAGGAGGCGCUGCUGCUGCUGCUGCUGCGUUUACACCUGCCUUCUGUGGCCUUCCUGCAGCAUCGGCAGCAACACCACCAACAGCAGCAGCAGCAGCAGCAGCAGCAAGAUCCCGUGUCCUUCUACAUCGGUCGCAGACAACAGGUAAUAACCUUAAUAAUAGUAGCAGCAGCAGCAGCAGUACCUGCUGCUGCUGCAGCAAUAGGCUUAAAAUUCGCUGGAGAAUCAGCUCUGCUGGCAGCAGCAGCAGCAGCAGCGAUCCACACCACAGCAGCAGUUGCAGCAGCAGCAGUUACAAAAUCAGCAGGCUUUUUAGCAGCAGCAGCAUCAGCAGCAGCAGCAGCACUAUCAGCAGCAGCAGCACUACCAGCAGAAGCAGCAGCACUACUAUCAGCAGUAGCAACAUCAGCCGCCGCACUACCAGCAGCAGCAGCAGCAGCAGCAGCAGCAGAAGGAUAUCCAGGCGGACAGACAUAUGCCGCAACAGCAAACCCCAGAAACCCUCGCCCUUGCAGAGGCCUGUCUCUCCUGAAACCCUAGCAGGCAUACCAUGGAUGUCUGCUGGUCGUCUAUGCCGGGUGAUGGAGGCUGCGGCUGUGCGAGGCCCUUACGACCUAAACACUUGGACAAAAUUUGUUGCUAGGGCAGAAAUGAUAAUAGAUUCUUUAUCAUUUUCUCAUUUAUCUCGUCUUUCUUCUUCUUGUCUACAAGUUGGUUGGCGGCCAGCAGCAUUUCUUUCUUUUUCUUUUAAAAGAAAUAAAAAUAUACAAACCCUAAUUCAACAGGCUGCUGCAAGAGAUGUCUGCGCGGUUUUACAAGCACUCGCGGGUUUAGAGUGUAUUGAUACUCGCGUGUUUUGUCUCCUUGCUGACCGUCUUGCAGAACCAGAAGUCAUGAAGGACUGUCGUUUUUUCCAGUUGGCCUUCGCCUUGAACGCUCUUGCUGCUGCUAAGCUGCUGCAUCCCCGUCUUCUUGCUGCUGCUGGGGAUCGAUUGGAGACGAUCCCAUUAGAUCCAGCACAGGCCAAUCCUCAGAGUGUCGCUUUGCUGCUAAAUGCGCUGGCGCGUUUCCAUGAGGAAGAAAUGGCCUUACGAAGGGGACAGCAGCAGCAGCAACAGGAGCCGCAGCAGCAGGAGCAGCAACAACAGCAGCAGCAGCAGCAGCAGGUAUUCACGAGUUCGGACUUGGAGAUUAUACGCCAGUCUAUCGAUAAGUGUCUGACGAACACGAUGGGCUGGAGGAGGCACAAGCAGCAACAGCAGCAGCAACAGCAGCAGCAGCAGCAGCAGCAGGAGAAAACGACAGCAGAGCAUGCAGAGCAGCAGAAGGCUCAGGAACAGCAGCAGCAGCAGCAGCAAAGGCCACCUGCUUUGCUGCUGCAGGAGUUGCUGCAGCAGACGGAUGCUCGCGGUUGUUGUUUGUCUCUUGCUGCUCUAUCCCGUUUGCAGCAGCGAGAGGGUUUUGCUUCUGCUGCUGCCGCUGCUGCUGCAGCAGCAGCAGCUCAGGUGCCUAUACACCUCAAGAAGCUGACGGCGCAGCAAACAGCCACGCUGCUGCAUAGUGUAUCUAAAUUCAAUAAGUUGUCUCCUUCUUUAUCAGGGGACCUCUUGAUUCACCUACAGCCACGUAUUAAACACUUAGACCCUGCUGGUUGUGUUAGCGCUCUUAGUGCCUUCCGUCGUCUUGGCUUAAAUGGAGAGGAUCCCUUAUCGUUAGAGCUGCAGAAGCAGGCGGCCUCGCAGAUCUACUACUGCGAUUGGCAGGCUCAAGCAGCAAUCGAUUGUCUCCUCCUUAUGACUUGCUGCGUGUUUGCAGAGGAGCUACUGGGGAUUAGCAGCAGCAGCAACAGCAGCAGCAGCAACAGCAGCAACAGCAGCAACAGCAGCAGCAGCAGCAGUAUAUCUGCAACUAUUAGCUGA